AUGAGUGACAAGAAAGAGGAGUUCAAAGCCGGGAUCAUGGACCGGAAACGGUCGCCCAAUCGCCUCGUUGUGGACGAAGCCCUGAACGACGACAACUCGGUCGUGGCCCUCAGCAUGGCCAAGAUGGAGGAGCUGCAGCUCUUCCGAGGGGACACGGUGCUGCUCAAGGGCAAGAAGGGUCACGAGACCGUCUGUGUCGUGCUCCAGGACGAGACCGUGGACGACCACAAUGUCCGCAUGAACAAAGUCGUGCGCAAGAAUCUGCGCGUGCGGCUGGGCGACGUCGUGGGCCUCCACACGUGUGGAGACGUGCCCUACGGCAAACGCAUCCACGUGCUGCCCAUCGACGAUACAAUCGAAGGCGUGACUGGCAACCUCUUUGACGUGUACCUCAAGCCCUACUUUGUGGAAGCCUAUCGUCCGGUGAAAAAGGGUGAUCUGUUCCUCGUCCGGCAGGCCAUGCAUCCGGUGGAAUUUAAGGUGGUGGAGACGGAACCAGGUCCUUACUGUAUCGUCGCUCCGGAUACGAUCAUCCACUGUGAAGGCGAACCCGUCCGUCGCGAAGACGAGGAAAAAAUGGAUGAGGUUGGCUACGACGAUAUUGGCGGAUGUCGUCGCCAGAUGGCUCAGAUCCGCGAAAUGAUUGAGCUGCCACUGCGUCAUCCGCAGUUGUUUAAGACACUGGGGACGCUGAUUGCGCGGGCUGUGGCAAACGAGACGGGCGCUUUUUUCUUUUUGAUCAACGGUCCCGAAAUCAUGUCAAAAAUGGCGGGAGAGUCAGAAAGCAAUUUGCGUAAGGCUUUUGAGGAGGCGGAGAAGAAUGCACCGGCUAUCAUUUUUAUUGAUGAAAUUGACUCGAUUGCGCCGAAGCGUGAGAAAACCAAUGGUGAGGUGGAGCGACGUAUUGUAUCGCAGUUACUCACGCUGAUGGACGGUCUGAAGCAGCGUGCCAGCGUGGUGGUAAUUGGUGCUACGAAUCGACCUAACAGCAUGGAUCCUGCUCUUCGUCGUUUUGGUCGUUUUGACCGUGAAAUCGAUAUUGGCGUUCCAGACGAGAAUGGACGUCUUGAAAUCUUUCGUAUUCAUACGCGCAAUAUGAAGUUAGACGAUGAUGUGGACCCGGAGAUGAUUGCCCGUGACACGCAGGGUUUUGUGGGCGCUGAUAUGGCAGCUUUGUGUACCGAGGCUGCGCUACAGUGUAUUCGUGAGAAGAUGGAUGUGAUUGACAUCGAGGAUGAGACGAUUGACGCCGAGAUUUUGGAUGCGAUGUCGGUCACUCAGGCGCACUUUAAGUACGCUCUCGGCGUAUCGAACCCGUCUUCGCUACGUGAAACGACGGUGGAAGUGCCUUCGGUUACGUGGAAGGAUAUUGGUGGUUUGGAAAGUGUCAAGCGCGAGUUGCUGGAGCUGGUGCAAUACCCCGUGGAGCACCCGGAAAAGUUUGAAAAGUAUGGUCUUAGCCCGUCAAAGGGUGUACUCUUCUAUGGCCCACCCGGUUGUGGUAAGACACUUCUGGCUAAAGCUGUGGCCAAUGAAUGCCAGGCGAAUUUCAUCUCGAUCAAGGGUCCUGAACUUUUGACCAUGUGGUUUGGCGAGUCUGAGGCUAAUGUCCGUGAGGUGUUCGACAAGGCACGCGGUGCCGCUCCAUGUGUCCUGUUUUUUGAUGAGCUGGACUCCAUUGCCCAACAGCGUGGCAGCAGCGCUGGCGAUGCUGGCGGUGCCGGUGAUCGUGUCAUGAACCAGCUUUUGACGGAGAUGGAUGGAAUGGGCGCGAAGAAGAACGUGUUUAUCAUCGGUGCCACGAACCGCCCUGAUAUCAUCGACCCAGCCUUGAUGCGUCCGGGCCGUUUGGAUCAGCUUAUUUUCAUCCCGAUGCCUGACUUUGAGUCGCGUCUGAGCAUUCUGCGUUCUGUGCUUCGUAAGAGCCCUGUGUCCAAGGAUGUGGAUCUUAACUUUCUAGCCCAGCAGACAGAUAAGUUUUCAGGUGCCGAUCUUACGGAAAUUUGCCAGCGUGCUGCCAAGUUGGCAAUUCGCGAGAGCAUUGCCCGCGACAUGGAGCGCGAUCGUCUCCGUGCUGAGGCUGGUGACGAAAUGGACGAUAUUGAGGAGGAGGAUCCGGUGCCAGAGAUUACGCCGCGCCACUUUGAGGAGGCCGUGCGUAAUGCGCGCCGCUCAGUCAGUGACCGUGACUUGGCACAGUACUCUACCUUUGCACAAACGCUUCAGCAGGCACGUUCGCAUGUGACAGCAGGCGGAUCUUCGUUGGCCAACUUUUCGUUUCCAGGCCGCAACGUCAGUGCUAACACUGGCAGUGGUGCUGCUGUGGCGGCUGACGAAGAAGAUGAGGAGGAUCUUUACAGCUAA